CCGGGCAGUCCGAUGAGUCCGUAUCGUGAGAAGUCUUGUUCUUGUUCUUGUGCGUACGGCCUUGGGCGUGUAGCUGUAUCAUGAGAAGUCAAUUUAUUUAUUUUUGAAGACUCAAGAAUCAAAACUAGCAGGAGCAAAAUAGAUAAUACGCAGAAUUUCAAGAAUUUAAUUGUUUAAUUGGCGCUAAAUCGUAUCUGCCGACUUAGCCUGUCUGGUCAUCGAUUGGUACACUCUACACCGAAGAUGGCAGAAGAAUAUGUUGAAAAGCUGAAGAAAGAAAAUCCCUACUAUUCAAAAUAUCAGGAUAAAAUUGCCAAACUACGAGAAGUAUCGUCUGACGAGGUGGAACGGCGGGUGCAGCAGAAGAACCAGAAUGACCGUGUAGCCAGAGAUGCAGACGCUGCACGCUCGUUUUCGGGGAAGGCGCCGAAGGCAGCUGAUGCGGCCAGGCUGCCGCAGGCUAAACCCAAGGAACUGAACGACAUCCUCAAGCUGGAGCUCAUCCAGGACAAGAGCAGCGACGAGAUCGGACAGCUUUGGGUGGAGUAUUUCAAAACGAAGGACAGCGUCUCAGCAGUAAUACCUGCCGACAAAUACAGAGCUCUCGUCGCCAACACGGAAAAAUAUCCCACGUUUCUGUUGCCGCUGCCACGCAAAGACGGCUACGAGUUUGUGGUGGUGCAGUUUGCCGGCAACGAGGCCCACUUUACCGCCCUCAUCAACUACCAGACGUAUAAGGAGAACGCCCCUGAGUGUAUGACCAUGAUUCACUACCCGGAGCUGGCGGAUAGCAAAGGAAUCGUGCUCAUGGUGGCAGAAUACGAUAACACAUCGCUGGACGCCAGGGAGGCCCAGUGUCUGGCGAACGAGGUACAACUCUACUACUGCCGACCGGACGAGCGGCGACGGAACCUUCUAGAGCAGUUCACCACGCGACCCGACUCGUUCAAGUACCAGGACUUGAUACUGGCGCUGGAGGAUGUCCAGCUCUAAACACGUCGGUCCUUCGCCGGUAUGUUGGGUCAUUGUGUAAAUGGUGCUAUUUGGGUGACUUGUUAGAUCGGUGUUUUGUAUGGUUUGUUGUCGCAGUCAGUGAAAAACCUAAUACAUGUUAUACAUGUAAACAUA